ACAGGAACCCACGUGUCCAGAUACCGGGGAAGCAGCAGCAGCAGCAGAGACAGCAGAGGAGUUUGUUUGUGUUCAUGUGUGAAAAACUCACAUUUAUCUGCUUUGGUUUAGUUGUUUUUGCUUAACUACGAUCAAACACACUCCUCACGAUGUCCUCGUUCAGGAAAGCGUUAAAAUCCCGACAGAGAAACCACCAUGAAAGAUCCCAGGUAAGCAUUUCACCAGCAUGUUAGCUUCCUCUAAACAGCCUCUGAAUGUGCUUUUCUUGUUUUAACUCUAACAUUUUAUUCAUCCAGCCUGGGUUUAGGAAAAAUUUGGGCUUAUUGGAGAAGAAGAAAGACUACAAACUGCGAGCAGAGUGAGUUGGAAAGACACGUUUUGUAUUUCAAACAAUAUAUCUAAAUGUAAAUGUGAAAUAAAAUGAGUUUUAUGUUGAUUAAUUUCUCUUUUUUUUGUUCAGUGAUUACCACAAGAAGCAAAACACCCUCGCAGCUCUGCGAAAGAAAGCUCAGGACAAGAAUCCAGAUGAGUUUUACUUCAAGAUGAUCAACUCUCAACUGGAGGUCAGAUCAGUUUGACUGUCAAAGAAACAGGACUUUCAUGUUGAUAUAAAGAAUGAACUUUAAUUCAACAUGGCUGUAUGUGUUUGUUUUUUUGACAUGUCAGGAUGGAGCUCAUGUUGUGAAAAGAGAUAAAGAGGAGGUGGAGGUGACAGAGGAGCAGAAGAAAGUGAUGAGGACUCAGGAUAUCAAAUAUGUGGAGAUGAAGAGGGUCGCAGAAGCUAAGGUAAGGCAACAUAGACACUGAAUAACUGGAUACCAAACAGUAAUGAAGUGUGUAUUGGAGAGAGAAACUGGUCAGCAAACUCAAAGCAGUAUCCCGUAAUCCAAGUCAACAAACUGAAAACAUACCUUUUUAGUCUUGCCUUGAACUAAAUUUUAUAUCAUUAACUUUAAGUGUUUUAGCAUUUAUCUCUUCUAGUUUUAAUGACAGGAUUGUCUUUUAUUGAGCUAUUUUGGUGCUCUUAUUUUAGUAUCUUUUACUGUUGUUUUUAUUUCAUUUUAUUUAUUAUUUCUUAAAUUUCCUUCUUUGUUACUUUGUUUUUAGAUUUUAACCUAAACCUCCAGUGUUUCUUUAUCUUGAGUUUUAAAAUGACUUUUCCUCAGUGCGCACAUUCCUGUUUUCACAAACUCAAGCCCUUUUUAAGUUCAUGUAUUUUAAUACUGUUUCUGAUGUAUUUCGAUCGUAGGGUGGGAAUGAGGGGUUGGGCCGGGGAUGGAUUUGGGUAACACUGACUUAUCACAUGGUACUUAAUUAUGACUCAGAAAGUUAAACGUGGCCGUUUACUCAGUUGAAACAUACUUAACACACCAAAAGUAGCUGCAAAGUGCGAGAGCGAGAAAGCAUUCAGACUUCAGUUUUAAAACAAGCUCAACAAAAUCAUUUUGGGUAGAGUCUGCAUGAAGUGUAUCCCACAUCUGUCAUACAUCCCAUACUGAGGUGUACCCCUCAUUUAAAGCUCAAUACUUUCCAAAAAUCUAAAGCUAUACAAGGUAUUUGUGUGUACUAGCAUUUUAUCUGAGGUACCAGAGGGUAACAUUUUACUGAAGCUUUUGUAUCGCUAAACCUUUUGCUGAUAAAUCCUCCUUUCUUCAUUGUCUUUUUUUAGAAAAUUGAGAGGCUAAAAGGAGAGCUCCAUCUUCUUGAUGCAGACUCUAAACAAAAAAACAAGCAUACAUUUUUUGUCAACUCCAAGAAAGAAGGUAAACAACAAAAAAUGCAUGACAUUUUGAGACAUGUGUCUUGGUGUGUUUUGUUUAAUUUUUAGUUUUAGUAAAGUGACAAAUUUAACUUUGUCUCUUCAGUGGCGUCAUUCGACCUGGCAGACCACCUGAACACGGCUCCUGAGCUGGUGGACAGAGUGUACAACAGACCAACUCUGGAAACUCUGGAGACAAAAGUCAUCCAGGCAGCUGCAGAAACUAAAAGUGUCAAGGUCUGUGUUCGUAAUGAAUUUUGAUCUGUGGGGAAAUACAUCUGAUUUGAUAGAUCUAAAUGUAAAUAAGUUUUUCAUUCACGUCAUGCUGACUCAGAGGUUCCAUUUAAGAUGCAGUUUAACACACUGAUAAAUGAAGUUUUCCUCUCUUGAACUGCAGAAACUGGCCCGGCAGAGAAGGCAGCAGUAUAAGCUCCUUUCCCAGCGAAUCGACAGGGAAAAGAAAAUGUUUGUUAUCAGCCAGAAGAUUCAGACCCGCAAAGACCUGCAGGUGAGGGGUUGCUGUGCAUUAACUUUAAAAUACAGUAUGAUACAAUUUGGAUUUGUGCUUCGUUUCUGUGUGUCUCCUGCUUUUUUGUCUGGUGCCACUUUUACUACAAACAGCGUCAAUAUUUAAUUUUUGAAUUUUUGGCCAUUGCUGUUCAUUUUCAUUUAAUUAUGAACCGUGACAUGAAACUCUGACAACUUUUUCCUGUCUUUGUAUCAGGAUAAGACAAUGAAAGUGAGGGUAAAGAAGGAGACACCAAAUGCUGCAGCUAUUUACAAGUUUAAGACCAAGAGGAAACGCUGAGGGGGAACUCAUCAUCAUCGUUGGAAGAAGUUGUCGACUUUGCAAAGGAGUUCUGGUGAAAUAGUGUCUCAGAUCUCAGUUUGAUCAUAUACAUGGACACAUUUAUUCCCAUAUACAUUGCAGCACUGCAGUUUUGUACAUAUUUAUAACAGGAUCUUAGUUUCUCUUGAAUAAAUAUUGAAACAAAGGA